CAUAGAUAUCAUUAUGGGAGAAGUUGAUCGUUGAAAUGAUAAUUGAUACAACGGAAGUCCAAGAUAUAAAUUAUUUUUCCGGAUUGGAAUCUUUCAAAGAGGUCUAUGGAAUUCUAUGGAUACUUGUACCUAUUUUGAUUCUUGUAUUGGGAAUCACAAUAAGUGUACUAGCAAUUGUAUGGUUAGAAAGAGAAAUAUCUGCAGGGAUACAACAGCGUAUUGGACCCGAAUACGCUGGUCCUUUUGGAAUUCUUCAAGCUCUAGCAGACGGAACAAAACUACUAUUCAAAGAGAAUCUUAUUCCAUCUAGGGAGAUAUGUUUAUUCAGUAUCGGCCCAUCCAUAUCAGUAAUAUCAAUUCUAAUAAGUUAUUCAGUAAUUCCCUUUGGCUAUAACUUUGUUUUAUCUGAUUUCAAUAUCGGUGUUUUUUGGAUUGCUAUUUCGAGUAUUGCUCCCAUUGGACUUCUUAUGUCAGGAUAUGGGUCAAAUAAUAAAUAUUCCUUUUUGGUGGUCUACGAGCUGCUGCUCAAUCGAUUAGUUAUGAAAUACCAUUAACUCUAUGUGUCUUAUCAAUAUCUCUACGUGCGAUUCGUUGAAACCAAAAAGCUAUUCGAUGCUAUUGCUAUGCUCCUCUCUUUAUAGUACUAUAUAUAAUAGGAAAGGAGUCGAAUAAAUUAAAUAGAAACCUUCAUUAUCUUAAUUUGAUUUUUCACAAUUCGGAUUGAAGAACUAAAUUAGAUAGUUAUAUGAGUGAAAAAAA